GCUGACAUCCCCGAAGCUGGAGAAUGGACAUGGAUAUGUCAAAUAUGUUGUCCAAAGAUUGCUACUACUCACGACUCGUUUGGGAUGCCACUAACUUUCUUCCUGCAGACUUCUUCCAGUUGGAUCUUGACCCUUGGUUGAGAAAAAAUUCUUCCACACCAAGGAGGAGAUUUGAGGCGAGCAUCUUUCUUGCAACUAUCUGGUAUUUAUGGAAAAGCAAGAAUAAGCUGAUAUUUGAGGCGCAAAGGAUCCCACCGCUGAUUAUCACUCAACAAGCAAGCAAAUUGGCCUUAGAAACAAAGCUUGCUUUUGAGGCUAAAGCAACCCUCACCUUAAAAACCCCUAGAUGGGUCAGUUGGACACCCCCACCUCAGCACUUCCUUAAACUUAAUACAGAUGGAUCACAUGAUCAUAGCUCAGGAAAGACAGCUGUAGGGGGACUGAUUCGCGAUCAUUGUGGGCGCUGGCAUCAUGGGUUUGCUAUAAAUGUGGGCAUUACCACAAGCUUUUUGGCUGAACUAUGGGGAUGUAGAGGAGGUCUUAAACUUGCAGUUUCCCUUGGAGUGCAACAGUUAAUAGUGGAAAUGGAUUCCUUGCUGGCAAUUCAACUCAUUCAGGAUCGGAAGGUGUCAACUGGUGUGGCUUCAGUGCUUCUAUUUGACAUCUUCUUCUUACUUUACUCUUUCACUUCUUGCUCAGUACAUCACACUCUCAGGGAAGGUAAUGCAGCUGUGGACUAUAUGGCCUCCAUCGGGCCUAACCUUGAGUUGUGUACUACUUUUUCUCCAACCCCCCAAUGGGUAUUAGUCUGAUUUUGCAAAACGACUGUACAGGGACUAUGUUUCCCAGAAACUAAGCUUUUAUUAGCUUCUGAUGUACCAAAAAAAAAUUAUAUUCAACUUUGAUAGGGUUACUUUUUUUAAUAAAUAAUAAUAUAAGUU